UAUUCCGGCUGGCUCGACACUAGCACCCCAAAUCGCCUUAUGGUUAAGACUUCAACGGGUUUUCUAUGUCUGUGGGAAUGUGUUUCGUCAAAAGCACUAAGAGAUAAGGAACGAGGACCUGGACGGAUUUCUCACCGUGAAUAUUUUGUCACGUUUGACGAUAACAGGCUUCCCUAGUAUCAACCUAAAUAUAUACUUCGUACCCCCGGUGAGUUGCCUCUCGCUAGAAGGUCCUGUGAUACAGCUGUUGUUGCCGUCCUGUGACGGAUUUAUUCUCUCAGCUGUUGUGUGUAAGGAGGAGAGGAAGCAAAGAUGCCGAAACCGAUCAAUGUCCGUGUGACCACCAUGGAUGCAGAGCUGGAGUUUGCCAUCCAACCUAAUACCACAGGAAAACAGCUCUUUGACCAGGUGGUGAAGACAGUGGGACUACGGGAGGUCUGGUUCUUUGGACUACAGUAUGUGGACAGUAAAGGCUACAGCACUUGGCUCAAACUCAAUAAGAAGGUGACCCAGCAGGAUGUGAAGAAAGAGAACCCACUGCAGUUUAAGUUCAGAGCCAAGUUCUUCCCUGAGGAUGUCUCAGAGGAACUAAUCCAGGAGAUCACUCAGAGACUCUUCUUCCUGCAGGUGAAAGAGGCCAUCCUGAACGAUGAGAACUACUGUCCCCCAGAGACGGCUGUGCUUCUGGCGUCAUACUCUGUCCAGGCCAAGUAUGGAGACUACAACAAAGAUGUCCACAAGCCUGGGUAUCUUACCCAUGACAGACUGCUGCCUCAGAGAGUCCUGGAGCAGCACAAGCUGACCAAGGAGCAGUGGGAGGACAGGAUACAGACUUGGCACGAAGAACACCGAGGAAUGCUCAGAGAGGACUCUAUGAUGGAAUAUCUUAAAAUCGCCCAGGACUUGGAGAUGUACGGAGUCAACUACUUUGAAAUCAAAAACAAGAAGGGCACACAGCUGUGGCUGGGGGUGGAUGCCCUUGGCCUCAACAUCUACGAACACGAAGACAAGUUAACACCAAAGAUUGGCUUCCCGUGGAGUGAAAUUCGAAACAUCUCUUUCAAUGACAAGAAGUUUGUCAUCAAACCUAUCGACAAGAAAGCACCUGACUUUGUGUUUUACGCCCCGCGUCUGCGCAUCAACAAACGUAUCCUGGCGUUGUGUAUGGGUAACCACGAGUUGUACAUGAGGAGGAGAAAGCCCGACACCAUCGAGGUGCAGCAGAUGAAGGCUCAGGCCCGCGAGGAGAAGCACCACAAACAGAUGGAGAGGGCUCAGCUGGAGAAUGAGAAGAAGAAGCGAGAGUAUGCAGAGAAAGAGAAGGAGAGGAUAGAGCGGGAGAAAGACGAGCUCAUGCAGAGGCUGAGACAGAUCGAAGAUCAGACGAUGAGAGCUCAGAAAGAGCUUGAGGAACAGACUCGCCGGGCCCUGGAGCUGGAGCAGGAGAGGAAGAGAGCGAGGGAGGAGGCCGAGAGACUGGAGAGAGAGAGGCAAAUGGCUGAGGAGGCCAAGGCAGAACUGGCCAAACAGGCCGCAGAUCAGCAGAAGACCCAGGAACAACUGGCUGCUGAACUGGCUGAAUUUACAGCCAAGAUCGCUCUCCUGGAAGAAGCCAAGAGAAAGAAAGAUGAUGAGGCAACAGAAUGGCAGCACAAGGCUCUGUCAGCCCAGGAUGACCUCGAGAAGACCAAGGAGGAGCUGAAGUCUGCAAUGACUGUGGUGCCAGCGCCUCUGAGUGGCCAUGCUGAGAGUGAGCAUGAUGAGCAGGAUGAAAACCACGCGGAAGCCAGCGCCGAGCUCUCCAAUGAAGGCGUCAGCCAGUUAGACCUCCGCAGUGAAGAGGCGCGCGUCACUGAAGCCCAGAAGAACGAGCGGGUCAAGAAACAGCUGCAGACAUUAAGCUCAGAGUUGGCCGAUGCCAGAGAUGAAACCAAGAAGACACAGAAUGAUGUGCUACACGCGGAGAACGUAAAAGCAGGCCGAGACAAAUACAAAACACUGCGUCAGAUUCGACAGGGCAACACAAAGCAGCGCAUCGAUGAGUUUGAGUCCAUGUGAGAACAGCACCGCUGUCCCCUCACCCCUCUUCCCCUGAGGGGUACCUGCUCUUGAACUUUUCCCCUCAGCGGCUGCUCAUUUUCGUGGACAACAGAUGCUGCCAUCCUUGUAGUCCCACCAUGUCCCCCUCUACACCCCAAGGCAAUCUUGAGAAAUCAUCUUGUCAAACUUGCCAAAGUCUUGCCCCACAUCUCUCUGAAAGUUACAGAUAUCUCUCCAAUAUGGAGCUGCCUACACGCCACUCUGAACAAGCAAAUAUCAUCGUACUGCAGAGAUCAUGUGUAAUCCUUAAACACAGGGGAAAAGAGAAACUGUUAAAACCAAAAUGGAAGCAAUUGGAAUUUUUUUUGAGCAAACAUGGCCAUAUAAAGCUACUUUUUUUUUUUUUUUUUUUUUUUUGACGACUUGUAUGCAAUAGUUGAGUGUGAUCCCAUGUCUUCAGUUAAAGAUUACCUGUCCUCUCCUUGUUUUUAAGUUGUUUCCCUCUAACCCGCUUUAGUUUGACUCGUUUUAUUGAUGAUGCCCUUCUUUUUAGUUGUCUGUUGAACACAUUUAGCUGCAGGCUAUGAAUAAAGACUGGAGUUUCGGGAUAAUCAUUUUAAUUCAGCGUCCAAGCGCUGCUUAUGUUGGAUCAUGUCAAAACAUAUCACAAGUCAUGCUAAUACUCUUAGCAUCUGAGUCAUUAGAGAGCUGAGGUCAUUUCACUCUAUUCAGUCAAUUUAAACUGUUAUUUGAAUGUUGCAGGUUUAUAUAAAAAAAAAAAGCACAGCAGUAUUUUAAUAGUUAAAUUCCAGGCUCAAUAUCAAGAAUAGCAGCACCCAACUUGUCACAUGGCAGGUUUUGAUGAACGAAUGUAGCAAAGGUAACAAAGGGAAAGUGUUUUUUUGACACGGAGGUGAUAGGAUAGCAUGCAAUGAGCUUGUGCCACUGAGCUAUCACCCACGAGCUUAAAAGUGUUAGAAGAUAAGCUAAUUGAUAGUUUUGUGUGUGUGUGUGUGUGUCUGUGUGUCUGUCAUGUGUGUCUAGUUGCAUCCCAGUGUUUCAUUCCCAGUCACCAUAGAUGGUUUUCUCUGCCUACCAGCUCACAAAGGAAGCUAGGGUAUUAAAUGGACAGACAGAGGAACAGAGAGAUGUCCAAGCUGUUUGUCCGUCUGUCCAACCGUGUAUGUGUGUGUGAGAGAGAGAGAGAGGGAGAGAGAAUAUACACGUGCAGGUGUAGAAGCUGAGACUUGGCACCUCUCUGGCUGGGGAGCUUAUGAAAACAUCAGUCCUCGACCCAGGACAAAUCUCUACCUCAGUAAUGUUAGCAGUGGUGACUGACAGUCAAACACUCAGGGUGCGCCCCCUCUCCUCCCUCCCAAUAAGGUCAUAAUUUUACUUGGUUAACGUUACAUCCUUGUGUGGUGCUCCUGGGCAGGCUACAUUUUGUCAGCCGCCUUGUGGCUGUACGUUGGAUUAAGGAUUUCAAGAGAACAGUAAGGGUCUAUGUAAAACAUAUGUCAUUGAGAUCUAGGUUGAGCUAGUUUUACACAACGGUCUCUCCUUGCUCAGAUUUUUUUGUUCAUUGUCAUUUUGUCCAGGGGGAAAAAAAAAUCCCAAACAAUGAGGAAGGGGAAAUAAAUAAAUGUUGCAAAUAUCAGAAUUAAGAUGUACUUUAGUAUAAAGCUAAUUUUCAGAAUAAAUAAGGUAAUUUUGUCAUGACCUGACAGGGUCCUGUGAAUCAUUUGGCUCUAAGUUGUUGGUGGUGACAGACUGGGUCUACAGAGCUGCCGGGACUCAAGACCUUGUUUUAAAAGAAGGCUCUCCUGUAUAAUUAAUUUCCUUUAAUGUCUGCGCAGAACUUUCUCCUUUGUUUCAAUUUCACUUCAAGGAGACAGUUUGCAGACCUGCAAUGGAUCAUGGGACUGAGAGACUUGUGAAUACGUAGAGAUGUUACUCGUAGUUCUUAAUGUGAAUGGACCUUGCUAUUGAAAAUUGUCUCUUGAAUCAAUUGGAGAGUAGGCCAAUUUCUUCCCUUCAAAUCUUAUUAUAAAUUCCCAUCUGACAACAUUGUUUUUGCUCAAACAAACUAACUCCAUCUUUUGUGGGGUGGAAAAUAUGUUCCAAGGUGCAUUUUUGACAUAAGUGAACAUAAAGUUCUCCUUUUUUUUAAUUAACAAUAUGAUGAAAAAUGUUUAUGGUAUUAUUUGUUACGCUAUACUUGACAGCUGUUGUAGGUUAUUAUUGUUUUAAUAGGCAAGAGUUUUAAAGUUAAAGCACUUGUAAGCAACAAGACACUGAAUCCUGCCUUUUGUGUUUAACUUCAGUGUCAAUUGUUAGUGUAUUGUUUGCCAUAGCAGGUGAAAAAAAGAUCCUGUGCUUCCAGCUCAUAUUUUUGUAUUGUGUUCAAACCGGCAGCAUGCAUCGCUAUACUGACCAGCUUCAUUGGAGGGGAAAACUAUUGUUGACACAUCCACACCCUCAACCCCCACAUUCAAGCUGUAAGGCUUCAGUUAGUUUAUUUUCACAGCAGAAUGUCAUUGACCUGCCUGUCCCCUCUAAUGAAGCCAGUGUCUGUGAUGAUGCCUGCUCUGGCACCAGCUGUCACAUUUUGCCGUUUGUUUUUUCCUUAUGUUCAUGUAUUCUUUAAGAUAGAAGGCACAGAUGGAUUGCAAUUAAUUUCAUUGAUUCACAAAUAAAAGUUUUAAAUUUUGA